AUGUGUUCACACGACAAUCGAUAUUGCUGUUCCCUACUUCCUAACGCCAACCUUCAAAUAACCGUACCGUGUGAGUCUACAGUACACACUUUCGCUUUUCCGAUACUCUCUGUUUCGGAACUGGCUUCACGCUGCCAUAAGCAAGUCGCUUUAAACAGAUUUCUGGUUAUUCGUGUUUCUCUUCAAGCUUUCAAAGAGCACUUGCCUCGUUGUGUGCACAAGGCUUGUACCUUGUAUAAUCCCGACCGAGGAAACAUUUCAAAGCUUGCAGCAAAAAUCUGGUAUUAUGCUAAUAAGCGUGUUAAAAAACACUUGGAUAAAUGGAGGGAAGAAGUACAAAAACAGAUACCUGUUAAUAUUAAUUCAUUUAUCAGAGAAGAUGGUGGUAAUGGGAGAGUACGAAAAGUCAAAAAGGGUGAAGCAGCAACAACGGACAAGACUAGCGGAAAUGAAGAGAAACUAGAGGCAAGUGAAGUGAGCAAUAUUGGAAAUAAAGAGAGCACAACGGAAAUUACAAGCGACAAAAAUAAUGUUUUUAUUAACACUACGUGCAACGACGAACUGUCUACGGCAAUGCAUGCCGUGCCAUCGCAUCUACCGCCAAGCACACCAAUUGUAUAUCAGUCAGUAAACUCGCCUCCUCCAUAUGUCCAACACGCCGCAUAUGUUCGUACAACGCAAAUGCAUCAUCACGACAUGUCUAAUCCAUUUGUUCAUACUUCUCUUCCAUCAACCUCACCGAUAAUUUAUCAAGAACCAUUUACGUGUUUGUCUGGUUUUAGCGCGCUGACUCACCAGCCAAUACAAUGGAACGUAAACGAGGAAACAAGAGAAAGUAUGGGCUUGCCUUCUGUUCAGGAUUAUAACGAAAUGCAAAUAGAGAGCGGUGGUUUUUUUCAUUCUACCAAUGGAAAUUUUCUUGCAGAAAGACGAGGAACGGAAGAGAUUAGGCAUAAUAUUGGAUAUAACAACACGAUAAACAACAUCAUAAUGGGCAAUGUUGAAGGCGGUAUGGAGAGAGAGUACUUUUGUAUUAACGACUCGACUAAAGGUCAAUAUUUAUAA